AGCCGCCGGGUUGUGGUGUGCUCAGUGCCCCCCUAGAACGAAUGCACAACCCACUGGGGCUGCUCGUUCUCCAGGCAGGGCCACCACCACGGGGGGCGUCACGGGGAUUUCAGCAGCUCGGGGUACAACUGUCUGCCCCCACCCCGGGAGCUGAGGGUGAUGGCAUCGGUGGGGGACCAUUCUAUGACAGCGCUGGGACGCUUCAGUCCCAAAUGUGUACGGAGUCCACCCAAACAAAGCCUGCGCUGGGUGCGCAGCUGGCAGCGAGCGCUGCACGGGGCGGGGUCUGAUGGCAGCGCCCGGCCUGCGAGCCACGGCGCCCGCCCAUGAGUCACCCGGGGACACUGACGCAGCCGCUCCGUCACCGUGAGCCCGUCCCCGCUCCCCCGGUUCUGGCGGGGAUGCGCGGCCUCCUCCCAUCUCUCCGCGCUGUUUCCAUCCCGGCCGCUCCGCUGUCCCGCACCGCCGCUCUCCUGCCCGCACCGCGGUGACGUGCUCCGGCUGCUCCGGCUGCCGGGGAGGGACCCGCCCGCCUUCGCUCCACGCCAUCAAACUUCGCUCCUCCGCACCGGCGCUGCUCGCACAUGGCACCCCACGGCUGAACCCACCGCUCGCCCGCACCGGCCAUGUGCCCGCGGUGUCCCGGUGGCGAUGAAGCAGCGAUGAUGGCCGCCGCUGGGACCCUCCUACCCCGCAGAACCGACCCGGGGCAGCCGGGGGAACGACCACCGCUGCGGCUGGUGCUCACCGUGGCGGCGUGGCUGGGCACCGGCACCGCUCUGGCCGGCCUCAACAAAUGGAUUUUCGCCUCCCACGGAUUCCGCUACCCGCUGCUGCUCUCCUCCUUGCACAUGCUGGCGGCCGUGGCGCUGGGUUACCCGCUGGGCUGGGUGCGAGGACCUCCACCUGCCGUCCGGCCCCGGGCACGGAUCUACCUGCUGAGCCUCACCUUCUGCGGCAGCGUGGCUCUGGGUAACCUGGGGCUGAGCCUGGUGCCGCUGGACGCAGCUCAGGCCGUGCACGCUACGGCCCCGCUGGCCACCCUGCUGCUGUCGGCGCUGCUGCGGGGCCGCCGGCACCACCCGCUGCAAUACGCGGCCAUGGGGCCCGUGUGCGCCGGGGCUGCGUGCAGCAUCGCCGGGGGGGUCCGCUUCCACCAGCCCGGGGGCUGCGUCCUCCUGGCUGCCACCGUCCUGCGUGCCCUCAAGUCGCUGCAGCAGAGCCUGCUGCUGCAGGAGGGCCGCCUGGACGCCGUGUCCCUGCUGUGCCUCACCGCCCUGCCCAGCUUCUGCCUGCUCUUCGGUGCAGCCGUGGCGCUGGAGGUGGCCCCGGCGUGGCAGGGCGUGCUGCGCUACGACGGCUCGUUGUGGGGCUGCGUGCUGCUCAGCUGCCUGGGCUCCGUCCUCUACAACCUGGCCAGCUUCUGUGUCCUGUCCCUCACGUCCGCCCUCACCAUCCACCUCCUGGGCAACAUCACGGUGGUGGGCAACCUCCUGCUCUCCCGUCUGCUCUUCGGCAGCAGCCUGAGUGCGCUCAGCUACCUGGGCAUCGCGCUGACACUGGCCGGGAUGUUCAUGUACCAGCAGCCACAGCUGAUUGCCCGGCGCUGGGCGCUGUGGAUGCGGCACCGAUCCUCACGGCACCAGUAGGGGGUGGAGGCGCUGGGACUCGAGUGUGGCACGUCUGGGUGUGCUGCUGAGCGUGGCACUGUGCAUCACGGGAGUGUGCACAGCUCUGUGUGAGCUGGUGUGCAAGGCUGUGUUUGCACAUAUGAGUGCUGGUGUGCUUGGCACCGAGAGCACAGAACUGCGCUGAUGUGCAGAGCUCUGCAUGCACCAGUGUGCGUGGCACACGUGUGCUGGGGUGCAUGUGUGUCCUUGGCACUGUGUGCACAAAACUGGGUUGAUUUGCACUGCUGUGCAUGGCACAGUGUGCAUACAUACGUGCUGGGGUGCACAGCACUGUGUGCGUGUGCAGGUGUGCAGGGCAGUGUGUCCAUGUGUGAGUGCUGGUGUGUGAGGCCAUGAGCAUGUGUGUGCUGCUGUGCAUGGCACUGCAUACACGUGUGCUGGUGUGUGUGGCAAUGUGCACACGUGUGUGUUGGUGUGCACAGCCCCUCUGUGCACGUGUGCUGGGGUGUGUGGCAUAAUAUGCCCACAAGUAUGCUGGUGUGCACAGCUCUGUGUCCUCGUGUGGGUGCUGGUGUGCAUAGCAAUGUAUGCACAUGCAUGUUUGGUGUGCACACUGUGCAUGCACAUAUGUUGGCCACGUGCACAUGCGUGUGCUGGUGCACGUGUGUCGGUAUGUGCAUGUUCUGGAUGUGCAACUGUUUGUGUGCACAGCUCUGUGUGUGGGGUACAUGUGUGCUGGUGUGCACAGGCUCUGCAGGUGUGAGUGUAUCUCUGCACAUGGCAGUGUGUGCAAAGAGCGUGUGAGUGUUGGUGUGUGAAGGUUCCAGGUGUGCAAGUCGGUCUCAUACAUGUGGGCACGUGCUGCUGGGCAGUCUGUGUGGAGUAUGUGUGCAGAUGUGUGCUGGUGUGCACAGACUGUGUGUGCCAGUGGUGCUCCAUGCACAGUUUCAUGCAUGAGAGCAGGAGCCUGUCAGUGUGUGCACAAGUGUGUGUGCAGAUCCUUACAGGUGGGGGUGCAUGCACAUGCAGCUGCACACAGGCUCCAUGUGUGCACAGAUUUGGUGUGUGCAAGAGCAUGGUGUGUGUGUGUGUGUGCACAUGUGCAUAUCACUAUUGAGCUCUGCGGGAUGGAGUGAGCCUGGUGCAUGUGUGGGAGGUGUGUGCACAGCUUGUUCCCCCAUGGGACAGAGGGCGUUGGAGCCUUGGGGUGCUGUGUGCCAUUACAAUGCUGCUGUCACCGUGUGUCACCGUGCUGCUGCUGGUGAUGGCAUGUUGGACAUGGAUGCACACCCGUGUGUGCUCCCCAGCAGGUACAGUGGCACCGGGACAGCUCUGAAAUAAAGCUCUAUUUUUGUCAUACUCCA